AUGGGACGUGAAAUGGACAGCGACCAGGACACAGAGAAUGAGGACAAGAAUGAAUCAAAGGACAAGGUAGAGGACGAGGAUAAAAGUGAGGAUGAGGACAACAAGAACAGUCUUGAUAUCCUUACGAAUAAAGAGGACAAAGAUAAAGCAGAGGACAAUGAUCUUGAAAAAGAUGAGCACAUCGAUAAAAGUGAUCUUAUCGCCACAACACACAAACCUGUUCUCAAAAAAGACUUCAGGGUUGAUGUAAGAGGAAUGAAAGAUAUGACUGAACUACUACAUAAUGCAUCUGUAGAACUAAACCUACAGGUUCCUUGUACAGCUCAGAUAGUUGACGUACUGCUAGAAUCUAUGCUGAGUAAAAACAAACAAACUAUUACUAAACAAGAAAUAAAGUCUCUAGUGUUUGCUGAUGAGGAUUGCACAUCAUUGGCUCAGGUUUUACAGGGUAGGACAGUAGAGGAAGGGAGUGGAAGUAGUGUGGAUCAAAGUUGGAUUUGUUCCUAUUUAGAUAUUCCUACUCUAGCAAAUAGGCUGGUUGGUGUAGCUGAAUUAUCUCAAGGAACUAAUCUAGGAGAAUCUGCUCAGGAAAUAAGAUUCUUUAUCCUAGUACUCUGUCCAGGAAAUGUUAAAGGAACUAAAAAUUCUCUGGAAACGGCUCGAACCUUCUCAACACUUUUCUCCAGUAUUCAGCUCAGGCAUACCUUGCUGCAGUCCAAUAACGAAAUGGAGUUUAAGAAAAGUAUUGAGAAAGCAGCUACAGAGUUAUAUUUGGAUGAGUCAGCUCCCCUCUUGCCGAAGAAAUCCACGAAGGAUGAUUCCUUCCGGUUUUUAGACGUUGGACGCGGCAUUCGGAACGAUCUGACAAAUCGUCUUCCAUUCUACUGGUCUGAUUUUAAAGAUGGAGUCAUAGGUCCUAAAUCAAUUGCUAAAACAAUUUCAACAUCUUUCUUUCUAUACUUCAGUAUCAUUCUUCCAGCUAUUGCAUUUGGUAAUCUUCAGGAUGACAAUACAAGCGGUAGAAUAAAUGUGGAGAAGAUUCUGAUCGGUCAAGUUUUUGGAGGUCUGGCUUUCAGCUUCUUUGCCGGUCAACCUUUAGUUGUUGUAAUGACUACUGCUCCACUUGUUCUGUUUACCAAGAUUAUCCUUCUUAUUGCGGAGGAUUUUGAUAUCAGUUUCCUACCAUUUUAUGGCAUGGUUGGUUUAUGGAAUUCUUUCUUCCUCUUCCUUUACGCUUUCUUUAACCUUUCAAAACUUAUGAAAUUCUCAUCCAGGUUAAUAAUAUUUAUUGGCAGAGUUAUUAUCAUCACAGAUUUUAGACUUCAGUAUAGGGGUCAGAAAAUCAAUGCUUGUCUUUAUUUAGUAAAGGGGAAGAUUUUCAGAUUGUUAAAUCUAUUUCAUGCCAGUAAUGCUGCCUGUCAAGCUGACCUGAACAAAACUCUACCUGAAGCAUUUAACCUGACCAGCCCGCUCAUAUCAGCACUCUCAAGAAAAGAGAGAUCUGCGCAUAUUGAAGAAGAAUAUGAAUGUGAGAGGGAGGUGAGCCUUCUCUACCUUAUACUAAUGGUUGGAACUGUGUGGCUCGGACUAACUCUUUUCAACUUUGUUAAAACUCCAUAUCUUUCACCCAGGAAGCGUGAGCUGUUGUCAGAUUAUGCACUUCCGGUUGCAGUUGUUGUCUUCAGCAUCAUUGGAUCCGCAAUGUUUAGGGAUGUAAAACUGACCCCUUUCCGCUAUGAAGCCGGUCAAUUCAACUUCCAGGUCGUACUUUUCAGUGCUGCCAUGGUUAAUAGUCCAGAGAAUAGAUUAAAGAAGGGUAAUGCUUAUCAUUGGGACUUAGUUGUAAUAUCCGCCAUCAACGCCAUUUUGUCGAUAUUCGGACUUCCGUUCAUGCACGCGGUUCUACCACACUCCCCGCUCCAUGUUAGAUGUUUGGCAGAUGUGGAGACUAGAGUAGAAGGAGGAUAUGCAAGGGAUGUAGUAACGUAUGUUCGUGAGACAAGACUAACUAAUAUUCUCUCAAAUAUUGCUAUAGGGCUAAGUCUUCUUUUUCUACCGUAUGUUCUCAAGUUUGUGCCAAAGGCUGUACUUGAUGGUCUUUUUCUGUACAUGGCUAUAACAGCACUGUACAGCAAUCAGAUGUUCGAACGAGUAUCUCUACUGUUUACAGAGCAAGCAGCCUACCCGCCAAACCACUACGUGAAAUCUGUUCCUCAAAAGAACAUGCAUAUCUUUACAUGCUGUCAGUUGGUUCAGCUGUUGGUCCUGUGCGUGUUCGGAUUCAUCCCCUGGCCCUACGCCAAGAUGAUCUUCCCUGUAGUUCUAUUCUUCUUCCUACCAAUCAGGCAUAAGCUGAUGCCAUACAUUCUGGAGAAAAAGUAUCUAGAGGCCAUAGAUCCAACACAACACUGACUCAAUCAAUCAAUCAAUCAACCAAUCAAUCGAUUAAUUAAAUCAUUUAACAGUUAUAUUUUAUUCUAUUCAAAGUCACUUUUGUAUGCUACAAAUUUUAUACUCAAUAGAUAAGACUGCGGAGUGCUGAAACUAAUUUAAAAAAUGAAUUCAGCUUUUUUCUUGCAUUAAUGGCUCCUUGAAUAUGUAAACUUCAUUUAAAGCAGAAGAAAUCUUGAUUUUCAGACAGAUUUGAGGUAACUUCUUGUCUUAAACUCUUAUUUUUUUAACAUAUCAACUCUGAAUACAGAUAAAAUAUUUAAAGUUACAUAUAUGAAAGAUUUACACCAUCAGGUUGCAAAGAUUCAGUGAUAGAAAAGUAGAGUUUGAUGCAAGUAUUCAGCUACUUUGAUUUAUUUAAGCAUUCAAAUUUAAAAUUUUUAACAUGUCUCCAUUGAGUUCAAGAUUAAAUAAUAUGCAUAUGAAGAAUCUUAAGAUUGUUACUUUUGGUUUUUUUACAUUGACUUGAAAUAUUACGACUAUAACCAUGUUUAACUAUGACCUCGUUAUUGUAUUUCUAUGGAUUGUAUCAAUUCUUAUGUGUGUAUCAUGAAUUACGUUUUUAUGUAAAUUUUUGUAAAAUGUAGAAUGUAGACAAUUAGAGGUAUUAAUAAAGCAAAGAUUAAAAUCUAUAAUUUUCAAAUCUUUUCGUCGAUUUCAGAUUUUUAACUGCAGC